AUGUAUCGUACAAGUAAAGGCGUCGAGACGGCCAAUUGCUUGUUUUCAAUUCCAAAUUUUCGCCGCCAACAAGAAGUAGUAUUGAUUGCAGCAGUUGGUGAAUGGUGGUCAUUCCGCUUUGUUCCACGAUCAGGAUUUGUGGAUACCUUCGAUGGCGAAGCAUAUGUCCUUGAUCGAGCUGAAUAUCUCAAGAAGGAGCAAAGAAAUAACCCAGAGGCUGAGGAGUAUAAGACCAAGUUGAUGGAUCCUGCUGACAUACAAGGGAUGGAACAUUACGAUGUGCAAGCUGCACAGGAGACUGCACAACAGACCAAGGCGCGCCAUGAUCAAGAACGAAAUGAAAGACAGAGGCGAAGGGUGGCACAGAGGACUAUUCUGCACCAGGAUGCACUCAACCUUCAACAUUUUGUUGAUGAAACUCAAGCUAAAUUGGAUGGAAUUUAUGGCAACAAUGACAUUAACAACUAUUCUCGGCUACGAUCAGCCUGUGACAAGGAUUGGCAAGAUGUCUGGCAUUUGGGCAUAGUUGACUUCAUGGAACCAGAGGUGAAAGAGAAAUCGAUGCUUGCUCUUAAUCACCGUGCAGAGUGGUCUGGGGUGAUGCGACUUGGUUCUCAAACUUCAGAUAGUUAUUUGAACCAAAUUCAAGAAUAUUUAAGACAAUUUGUACAGGACCAUCCUACAGUGGAUGUCGGCUCAAAUGCAAAUGUCAGUCAGAGUAAGUGA